AUGUCUCUCUUCACGUCUUUCUUAAGUUGCUUUGUUCCAAAAUCCAGCUCAAAGAUUAGUUCAGUCGAAGGUAGCAUCGCGAAAAGCUUGUCGUCGGAGAAGCCAAAAAGCAAAUUUGAAUCUCUUAGAGCUCCAAUCAUUAGAAGAAGAGACGAAGUUCAGAUAAAAGAGAUGAUGGAGUGGGACAAUCAGCAGCAACUCAAUAACCAUCACUCUUCUAAUCUUCAGGGGAUCGACGUUAAUAGAGGAGGAAUGUACGUGAAGGUGAUUACCGACGAGCAGCUUGAAACUCUGAGGAAACAGAUUGCUAUCUACGCCACUAUCUGUAAAGGUCUCGUUGAGAUGCACAAAACACUCACUUCUCAACAAGAUCUUGCAGGUUUGUGA